CGUCCCUUUUUAAUCUGGGAAUUGUUGUCGUUGAAUCCUUUAUCGGAGUUUAGGGUUUUAGGAUUCGCCGGAAAAUAUUCCUUAAUAGAUUCUAUUUACCCUCGUUUUCUGUGAUUUUUGAAACUGUUCUCAGUUCUCACACACACUAUUUGGAGCUAUUUUGAUGGUUUCUAGGCCCUUUUCUGAGAAAAAGAUAAUGGAGUUUUAGGGGUAGAAGAGUUGUGCGAGAUACACGAAAGUAUUUGAGUUGUUGCUGUGACUGUCGAGCUAUGGCGGAGCCGGAGGAGCAGGUGGACCUCGAUGGCGACAACGAAAUCGAGGACAUGAUGGACGACGAUGAUGCUGGGGAAGAUUAUGGCUACCGGAAGGUCAGGCAGGAGUCCCCGGAUGAGGAGGAGGAGCGUGAGCACGGGUCGGACAGCGAGGGGCAGGAGAAGGCCUCGCCAUCUGAUGGAGCCAAUGAUCCUGCUCGUGAUUCGAUGAAAGAAGGGGAGGAACAAGAGGAAACGCCGGGAGACGGGUCGAAGGGAGAGGCUGACGCCCAGAAGUGGGUGGAGCUGCUUGCACUGCCACCUCAUGGGUCGGAGGUUUUCAUCGGCGGGUUGCCCCGAGAUGCUACAGAGGAGGACCUCCGAGAGCUAUGCGAGAAAUUUGGGGAGAUUUUUGAGGUAAGGCUAGUGAAGGAUAAGGAUACAAGGGAAAGCAAGGGUUUUGCUUUCAUUACAUUCACAAACAAGGAUGCGGGUCAGAAGGCAAUUGAGGAGCUCCAUGACAAGGAAUUUAAGGGGAGAACCUUGAGAUGUUCUUUAUCGCAAGCAAAGCACCGGUUAUUCAUUGGUAAUGUUCCCAAGAGCUUGUCAGAGGAUGAGUUGAGGAAAAUCCUUGAAGAAAGUGGCCCUGGGGUUGAGAAUGUUGAAAUGUUCAAGGAUCCGCAGAACCCCAGCCGCAACCGUGGUUUUCUUUUUGUUGAGUACUACAACCAUGCCUGUGCUGAUUAUGCCAGGCAGAAGAUGUCGAGUCCAAACUUUAAGAUGGAUGGAAGCAACCCAACUGUCAGCUGGGCCGACCCAAAAAAUUCGGCCGACUCUUCUGCUGCUGCUCAGGUGAAGGCUUUAUAUCUGAAAAAUUUGCCUGAGAAUGUCACACCAGAAAAGUUGAAGGAACUUUUUGGACACCAUGGAGAGGUCACAAAAGUUGUUCUGCCUCCUGCUAAAGCUGGACAAAAACGAGAUUUUGGAUUCAUUCAUUUUGCUGAGAGAUCUAGCGCGUUGAAGGCAGUUAAAGGAACAGAAAAAUAUGAAAUUGAUGGGCAUGUUUUGGAUGUUUCCCUGGCGAAACCUCAGGUCGACAAAAAGUCUGAUUAUGCUUCAAAUUCAUCCAAACCUGGGCUUCUUCCAAGUUUCCUUCCAUAUUCCCCAUAUGGGGCCUACGGUGGUGGAUAUGGUGCAACAGGAUUUGGCCAGCCAGUGAUAUAUGGUAGAGGACCUAUGCCAUCUGGGAUGAGAAUGGUGCCAAUGGUGCUACCUGAUGGUCGACUUGGUUAUGUUAUGCAGCAGCCUGGUGCACAGGCUUCUCCAUCCUCUCAUCGGAGGAGUGAUCACAGUGGCGGCUCAGGUGAGGGUGGAGCUAGGGGCAGUGAUGGGAACCGUGGGCGCCGAUACCGCCCUUACUGAUCUGGUGUUGAAGCUUGCACAUCGCUCACUAUGCAAAUCUUUUCACCAGCUACCCAUUUUGGCUAUUGCUCCAGAUAGACCGAAGUUUUACAAAUGAGGACAUGUAGCAUCAUCAGGGUUCUGUGCCUACCAUCUGAUCAAUACGAGCACAAGAUUGUUGUACCGGUUUCUCCUUUUGAGAUUAGUGUUUUUGUGUUUCCAUAAAUCAAGGGAUGGCAUGAUCUUGAAAGAUAUAGCAACAAACAUUGGGUCUAUUAAUCGUAAUAUGGAUGAGCCUUGUUAGCAUGUAAGGAUAUUUGGAUCCUCUUAAUUUCUGUCCUUAAUAUGGACCGAGCCUUGCUAGUGAUGUAAUGAUUGUUUCCUUU